AUGUUGGUCAAGGGGCACAAGCCUUUACCUAUCUGCAUUGCUUUCCUGAUUUUCUUAUCUUCUGCGACUCUCAUUUUCUACUGUCGAAACUCUCUGGAUUCUCCCUUUCUCAAGCGCAUCUGGUCCACGACUGGUCAUGGUUAUUCCGCAAAAGCGCACUUUGAUCAGCAUGUAGCGUCUUUCGAGCUUGCCAACAGCGAACUUGGUUCUGCGCGGCAUGACAUAUCGGAAACUCAUGUCGAGGUCUUCUCGGUCUCAGCAAAGGACAAGAAGUAUUUUCUGAUCGAGUUUGGCGGCGAAGAAGCCAUCAACCCAAGCGUAAUACCACAUCCCACGUUACAGGAUACGUGGACUAUUGUGGCCCAACAACGGAGAAGCCUCAUUGCAAGCUCUGUAUGGUACGCCGAACUCGUCUGCGAUGCCAAAUUCGUGAAAGGAAAGCUAGCAUGCAUCAAACCACCCAAGAUACUGCCUAUAGCAGUCACAUCGGGUGACAAAUGUGUGGACGACCUAUCGGUAUUGGUGGACUGGACCUCAGAGACCAUCGCUGGCAAUGAGUACCGGGUUGCCACGGAACUCCAACGACCGCCCCCGAUUGGCGCCGUUGAGAAGAAUUGGUUCGUGUUCUGGGACAAGGAAGGCGAUCCAUAUAUUCAUUACGACAUAGCACCUCGUCGUGUCUUUGCGAAGCUGGGGUAUGGUGGGUCUGUGGGACAAGAUCUGACACCAUGGGCUGCGGCUAGCGAUGAGAAGUGCAUGCAAAAUUACAUGCCGAAGGUCGCUGAUCAGCUGGAAUCCAUUCAUCAAGCGACAAAUUCUCUUUCAAUCACGCUUUGCAAGCGAUCAGACUUGGGCUGCGAGCCAAAUGACUCUAAUACCUACCUGAUGACCAUAUUUCAGCACAAAAGCUUCUACUCUUUCCACAGUGUGUAUGAACCAUAUGUUAUGCUCUUCAAGCGCGCUUCCCCGUUCGAAAUCCAUGCCAUAUCAUCAAAGCCAAUCUGGAUUCAUGGUCGGGCAAAGGCAGGAGAGACCCAGAGGCCGGAUGGGCCGGAGUUCGAGGUAUUGGGAACAUGGAAUCAAUCCGAGAUGGUGUAUGUCACCUCGAUAAGUUGGAAAGCACAUGGCCAGAAAUACCAUGGAUACAUCGAUGACGUGGUCUUCAUCAACUUUGGAAUCGAGGAUGCAAAAACCGCAGGUAUUGAUGUUCUUGCGGGAGACCUCGUGACAGCUAUCGGGCUAUGCUUCAACUCUUGAAUUGGUGGACCUCCCCAGACUAUCCGUCAUGCUUCAUGUCGAACGUGGCUUCACCACUGUCUAGUGGAUAGUGCUUUGCCACGGUCCGCUCUGUGGCUUUGAUCGAUGCGAGCAGGAUGUUGUCCUCUAGAGGUGAGGGAGAGCGUGAGGCGACCUUCAUCUCGUACUCGGUGAAUCGACUGGCUUUGGUCUACAUUAGCUGGCAACUUUCGACUGUUCUACAGAAGAGGGGGGUCAUACUUCAUUUGCAAACAUUCAGAGGGA